CGCCAAUUUACAUCGAAGAUUACGGUCUAGGGUUUUGAUUUCAGAGCUCUGAAGUAAUUCAAUGGAGGGUGCAUUACCUAGCGCCUCAGCGAUCGCAGACCAGAGGCAGAAAAUCGAGUAGUACAAGCACAUUCUCUCCACAGUUUUCUCAUCAAACGACUUUGUUCAAGCCAAGAAAUUCGUUGAUCACGUGUUAUCAGAUGUUGUUCCUCUGGUGGUAUCGAGGCAGCUUUUACAGACUUUUGCGCAGGAGGUAGGGAGAUUGCAGCCAGAGGCACAGAAGGAGAUUGGCCAUAUAUUCUUGCUCAGAUUCAGCCUCGCGUUGUUUCCUUCGAAGAACAGGUGUUAGUUAUCAGAGAGAAACUUGCUGAGUUAUAUGAGUCUGAGCAGCAGUGGUCAAAAGCAGCUCAGAUGCUAAGUGGAAUUGAUCUAGACUAUGGAAUGAGGGUCAUUGAUGAUACAUAUAGAUUAUCAAAAUGUGUUCAAAUUGCUCGUCUAUAUCUUGAGGAUGAUGAUGCUGUUAAUGCAGAAGCUUUUAUUAAUAAGGCUUCAUUCUUGGUUAGCAACAGUCAGCAUGAAGUAUUGAUUUUGCAAUACAAGGUCUGUUAAGAGAAAAUUCUUGGAAGCAGCACUCCGAUACUAUGACAUAUCUCAAAUUGAGAAGCGCCAAAUAGGAGAUGAAACAAUAGAUGAGGAUGUAUUGGAGCAAGCUCUAUCUGCUGCUGUGACGUGUACAAUAUUAGCUGGAGCAGGUCCUCAAUGCUCUCGUGUUCUUGCCACUCUUUACAGAGUAAAUACACUCUCUUGAUGGAAGAUAAUAUGAGAACUUUUAUUUUCUUUAUUCAAUUCAAAUAUGGAAGUAAUACUGAUGCAAGUUCUGCUGAUUUGAUGGGGACACAAUUCAGGAUGAACGUUGUUCAAAAUUGAAAAUUUAUCCAAUAUUGCAAAAGGGGUCUCUCUCUCUCUCUCUAACUUGCUACAGUGUGUGCAUUGGAGUGCAUUUGACUGGCAUUAAUUUCAACUUUGUUUUUUAUCUAUACAUCUUUUCUAGAACCUUAUACAUCCUUUGCUGAUGAGGACUUGUAAUAUGGAAAUUGACAGGUGUAUUUGGAGAGAAUAUUAAGAAAGCCAGAAAUUGAUGCAUUUGCUGAGGAAUUGAAACCACAUCAGAAAGCACUCCUUCCUGACAAUUUUACUGUGCUGGACCGAGCCAUGAUUGAGCAUGCUCUUUUGAGUGCAAGCAAGCUUUACACAAACAUAAGGUCAGAAAUGGUGUGCUUUAAAUUUUCAUUAUAUUCUGUUUUGGGCGUCAAGUUUCACUAAUAUCAAUGAUGUUCACUAACUGUUUUCUGUAGUUUGAUGAAUUGGGCACUCUACUGGGCAUUCCACCUCAUAAGGAAUUCUUCUUAUGUUUAACACUUUGGCAUUCUUUUUUCAUGCCCCUCCUUUCUCUUAUCUUUUUUUUUUUUAACAGGCUAAGAAGAUAGCGUCAAAAAUGAUUUAUGAAGAUAGAAUGAGAGGAUCAAUUGAUCAGGUGGAAGCUGUAAUACAUUUUGAAGAUGACACUGAAGAACUACAACGGUGGGAUCAACAGAUUGUUGGUGUGUGUCAAGCUCUCAAUGAUAUACUAGACGGCAUGGCAAAGAUGGGCUUGGCAGUUCCUGUUUGAUCUGCUAGACUUAAUAGACGUCUCCUACCCAUCUUUUACAAUCAAUGCACAAGAAAACUCUCGAGAUUAAUUCUUGCCUAUAAUGAUGGGGGCAUGCUUGGGAAAUUGGAUAAUCAAUGGAAACUCGGCCAGUUUCUUUCUGUAAUUUGCAUUGUCAAUUGCUGAUAUAUGAUCUUAUAUGCGGAGAAUUGUGAAUGACACAGAUGUUUUUGUUACACAUUACAAUCGGUAAAUUUCACGAGCUAUAGAAAUAUAAAAAACUAGGCAUAGG